AGGCUGUGGUCAGAGAAGUCUGACCUGCAAGAUGAAAACAGACACUAGUUGGGACUCUAGUUGGAUGCUUUGGAGGUGGCAGGGAAUUUGUUCCUUCAUUCAACAAAUAUUUACUGAGCACUCACAGUGUUUGUGGUCCUGUGCUAGUGGUGAUCGAAGUAGUCAAAGUUCCUGCUGUCAUGGAGCUGGCAUUUCAGUGCUGUGGUAGGGGGUGGGUGACAGGCAGUGAGCAAAUAAACACAGGAUGGGGCAGGUGUGAUCAGUACAAAAAGCAACAAAGCAGGGAAAGGGCACAGAGGGCAGUGGGGGUGGGAGUUUGACAUUAUUUUGGGAAAGUCGUCUUUGAUAAAGUGACCUGAAAUAAGUGAAGGGAGGAGCUCUGUGGCUUUCUGCGCAAAGAGCCUUCCAGGAAGAAGGGACAGUAAGUGCACAAGUCCUAAAGCAGCCUCUUGCUUGGUGUGAGCCAGGAGAGGAGAAGUGGGAGAGGAGGAGCGGGAGAUGGGUCAGAAGUGGCCUGUGUCUGCUGCUGGGUGCCCGUUUGUGCCAGGCCUUCCUGGUGUGCUUGUGCACUGGGCCCUGUCUCCUGCAGGGUUUCUCAUGGCAUGUUCUUUCACACACUAAUACAGCAGGAAGCUCUGCCACUGAAAGGUGUUGUGAGCCAAGGAUUUGAAGGCCCUUAGAAGUCCUGCAGUAGAGCAACCAGUGAGAUUUGUUCUCAACUGGCUUGAUCACAAAACCCUUUCUUUUACAGAGUGCCCUCAGGGGAACGCUGGCCUGAUUUAUGGCUUUACAAUGACAUCAAGUCAGACUAUCUUCAUUGUCUGUUUUUCUCUUUUCUCUUGGACUCUGCACCCUUUCCUGCCAUGAACUUCAUUAAGUUCUAUUCAGAGCCCCAGGCCUGAAAAGCGUCAGGACUGCUGGCGUUUAUUGAGUGCUCACUCAGUGCCAUGCACCAUCUACAUGCGUCAUGCAGAUUCACACACUUCACACCAAGGCAGGUGGCUAGCAGACUGAUUUAAGAUAGGAGGAAACUGAGGCAAAGAGAGGAUAAGCAGUGUGUCCAGGCUUACGCCUCUGAUGAGUAUAGGUCUGGUAUUUGAACUCAAGCAGUCUGGCCCCAGAGGCCUUAGUCUUAACCACGAUGUGAUGAGUCCAGGAGCCUCACAUGCCAUUUAUUCAGGAGAAGUGGCAUCAGAGGUCACACCCAGUGCACAGAGCUCCCACUGUUUCUGGGGACCAGGCAGUGGGCUGUGGUCAUUGGGCAUAAUUGGUACAGUGGAGCUGGGUGCUGUCUGGCCCCAGUUCCUUGCUCUGCAGAAGGUGAACAGGAGACCCAGAGAGGGGUGGGGACACAUUCAGAGUCUCACUGUGGGCCAGUGGUAAUUCCAGGACUUGGUGCUCUUCCUACCCUGUUGCCUAGGACAAGACUAUCCUUGGUUUUGAGGAGAGGCCUGUGAUUUUCUGCUCAAAUGCAUGCCCCCUGGUGGUCAAGGUACAUCUCUCCACUCUUUCCGCAAGACCAGCUUCUCUGCUGUGUGCUGAACUUGCCAAGUGGGGAGUGUUUGUGGGCUCCAGGGAUCUGGAGACUCAUUUUCCAGUUCCCACUGAUGCUGGAUUCCCAGGGCAGUGUGAGAGCAGGGACUUAAAAGUCCAGACAGGUUCAGAUCUCUCUGUCACUUAGAAACAGAGUGACUUUGGGUAAAAAUGCUCAACUCAUCUGCAAAGCGGGGCCAAUUACAGCUCCUGCCUCACUUUUCUGUGUUGAAAACAAGAUGGUGGGUGGGGAGCACUGAGCCCAUUGUCUGGUACCGGAGCCACUCAAUAGAUGGCAGCUAUCAUGCUUUGUCAUCUCCAGGUUCAGCAUACAGCGGUGGUAGCGCUGUGUCUGUCUUGUGGUCCUGACCAAUGUGUGCCCCUGUGAGAUCUUGGAGGGUGGGAAUAGGGUCACCCUCAUCUGGAUCCCUACUUCCUGGCACUGUCAUGCCUCGUCCUUGAAAUUCCAGGUGACCUGGAGCUAAACACACCCUGGCAGGGGUCUGGCAAGGACUACCUCACCUUUUCACUGUUGUGUCCCAGUCACUGAGCUCAGUGCUUUGCAGGCAUUUCAUGGCUAACUCUCAUAGCUAUUCUGUGAAGUAGGCAUUUUAUUUUCAGAUAAGGACCUGAGGUUCAAAAAGUUAAAUGGUUUGUCCAGAAUGACAUAGCUACAGGUUGAGUGUCUCUUGUCUGAAAUACUGGAGACCAGAAGGGUCUCAGAUUUUGGAAUGCUUGCAUUCUACUUACCAGUUGAGCGUCCCUAAUCUGACAAUCUGAAAUCCAGAAUGCUGCAAUAAGCAUUUCCUUUGAGCAUGACCUUUGGGGGUCACACUGGUGCUCAAAAAGUUUUGGAUUUUGGAGCAUUUUGGAUUUUCAGAUUAGGGAUGCUCAACCUGUGGUAAGUCAUAGAACGAAGAUCUGAUAGUCAAGCUUGUUGUUUCUAACCCAGCCAUAGGAGAUAAUAUAAGAGCAAGUGGACUGACAGGGAGCCUGAGGCUCAGAGAGGAGAUGUGGGAUUCCCAAGGUCCCCCAGGUAAUGGUGAGGUCUGUGCUUGGCCUCCACCUCGGCAUUCCCGAAUCAGGGCUCCUCCUCCCUCUGCCUGGCAGACCUCAUUGGAAGAUUUGGUGUCUCCGGAGUGGGUCCUCAGUGGUGAGGAGCAAGAGGGAUUUCCAGUGCUGUGGGGUGAGGCCUGCAGUGAGGCCAGCCUCUCGGUGCUGAGGCCCUCCAUUCCCUUCUUGGCUGGUUCGUUUCGUUGCCAGCGGAUAGGCCAUCAGUGGCUUGGCUUUCUGCCUUCCCGGAUGGCUGGGCAGCUGACUGAGCCGCCAGCACCUGGCAGUCAGCUCAGGGUCGGGACUUUGAAAUGGGAUCCCUCAGCACCCGCGGUCCUGUGUGGCAUCCCAGGCCUCAGCAGGCAACGGACAAGGCCUGAAAUGUCUCAGGGCCCUACCGCUUUUGUCCCCACGCAGCCCAAGUAGUUCCCAUCCUUGGUCAGGGCUGUCUUAGGAGUCGUGAGCAGCCUGGAGCUGGGGAGGUAGCUGAGGAUUGGGCUGUGCGCUGGGCCUCAGCACCUGAGGCUGGCUCAGGACAGGGUGGGGAGGUACUCUUGAUGUUUGGAGAAUCACAUGCAGGCUUCUUAAUGUGGUUUAUGAGGCCAGGGCCCUGCAGAGCCUUUUUGGGAAUUAGAGGAGAUGAGUGAAAGGCACUCUUCUGGACAAGUGCAGCUCUGCAACGGGCACAGGCUCAGCCGAGACUUUACCCCGCGUCCACCACUGACUUGCACGCCCCUGUGAGUGCCCCCUGAGCAGCUCUCCUCGGGGGCCCACACGUGACCCCAUCUCCCCCUCCAAAGUCAUUUUGCUUUGCCCUGCCCCACUCACUCUCCACGCAGCAGCCACAUGGAUCUUUUUAAAAUGCAAAUUGAAACCUAUCAUCCUUUGAUGGAGUCUUUGAGGGCUUCCUGCUGCUGCUUCAAGCCUCCAGCACCCUGCAGGUCUGACUCCAGCUGACCUAACUGCCUCAGCUCCUCCGUUCCCUCUUGUUCACUCUGCUGCCUUCUUGCUAUUCCUUGGCCACGUUAAGUCCUGUCCUACCUCAGGGCCUUUGCACUUGCUAUUCUUGGCCUCUACCUUUCCCUUUGUUUGUGCUCAUUUGUUCUUUAAAUGUUAGCUCAAAAGUCCCUUUCUUCAGGAGACCUCCUGAGCCCACUAACUGUGCCCAGUGGUCUACUGUUCCACAAAUAUGAACCUCCUCUGUGUAGCAUGUGCCACACUGAAGUUUUACAUUUAUUCCUGUGAUUUUGGUGAAUGUCUCUCUUCCCUCCUUGAUUUUAAGGUUCAUGAGAGCAGGGGCCAAGUCUUUGUUUUUCUCACUGUAUCACUGGCACUUAAAACAGUGCCUGACACAGUGAAUAGUUGUAGAAUGAACAGAUGAAACCUGUGUUGAGCAUCUAUCAUAUGCCAGGUACUGGAGAGCUGGCUGUUCCUCUUUUAUUCCUUUUAAAAAUCCAGUUCUGCAUUAAAUUAUGUGUGUUCCUGCUGGGUAUCAAGCUGGGCACCAGGGAUCCAAAGGUGAAACAUCAUAGCCCCUGAACUUAAGGGGUUGCAGGCUGGUGGGAGAUAGAAUGCUGAAAAUAUAAUAUUGCAGCUGAGGUGAGAAAUGCUGCAGCUGAGGCUUUAACAUGGUCUCAGGGAGGCCAGUGCAGAGAAGAGGAUAUAUGCAUUGGGUUUGAAGUAUGAGCAGGGGUUUGUCAGGCCAAGAAGACAGAAUGGAAUUGGCACAGGAACAAGGACAAAUUGUACCAUAUUCAGGGGCAGGUAGCUGAGAGGGUGAGGAAGGAACAGGGGCUGUGAGCCUAGGGAAGAUGGGACUGGGGCACACUGACUUCAGACUUCCAGGGAACUAGGCAGCUGCAUACCUUGAGAGAAGGGAGGCAGAGACUUCACCACUGAUGGCAAUGACCAGGCAGGCACCAUGGUGAGGGAGUGGCCUCUGGAGUGCUAGGAGCAUAUGGGGCACCCCCAGCAGAAACCUCCUCUUUGAGCGUCCGCAUUGGCAUCCACGUUAAGAUGUCUCCUGAAGAAAAGGUUGCGUGGCCAGAGCCAGUUUGGAAAUCCCAGGCAACCACACCUGGUGGUUAGGUGUGUGAGUGCUAGGGCUCGAUCUCUUGGCAGUGAUUCAUAGCUCCUGCCAACCACUGUGCUACUGAGGGCAGCGUGCCCCUCCAAGCCUUGGUUUCCACACCUGUGAAGUGGGAUACGCAGGCUGAUAUGAGGACUGAAUGAGCAGUUUCUGAUCAUGCCACAGGCCCUAUUCUGAGCACUUUGCUGGUAUUGAUACUGAUCAUCCUCUACCAUCCCUGGAGUUAUUUUCUGUUCUUAGCCACAUUUUACAGCAGAAACUGAGGCACAGAGAGGUGAUAUAACUUGCCCAAAGUCAGGCAGUCUAGCAGGAUUCAUGUUCUCAACUGCUAGAUUUUCUUCUGUGUGGUUUAGCCUCUCUAGGCCCCAUCUCCUAUGUGUAAAAUGGGUAUGAGAGCAGUGUCUCCAUCAUGGGGUCAUUGGAGGAUUAACAGCAUUCCUGUCUGCAAAGUGCACAGCACCGAGUGCCUGACUUUGGCCAAUGAGAACAGCCUGCUGAGCGCGCAGCUCAAGGGCUUCCCCCUGUUCCUGCACUCAAACCUGGGCCUGAAGGACUGCAGCAUCAACCCCAAGUCCCCGCUGCUCUACGUGACGCGACCUAGCGAGGUGGAGAAGGGUGUGCUCCCCGGCGAGGACUGGACGGUGUUCCAGUCAAACCACUCCACCUAUGAGCCGGUGCUGCUGGCCAAGACGCGCUCAUCCGAAUCCAUUCCACACCUGGGCACGGACGCCGGCCUGCACGCCGCACUGCACGCCACUGUGGUCCAGGACCUGGGCCUGCACGAUGGCAUCCAGCGUGUGCUGUUUGGCAACAACCUGAACUUCUGGCUGCACAAGCUUGUCUUCGUGGAUGCCGUGGCCUUCCUCACAGGGAAGCGCCUCUCCCUGCCAUUGGACCGCUACAUCCUGGUGGACAUUGAUGACAUCUUUGUGGGCAAGGAGGGCACACGCAUGAAGGUGGAGGACGUGAAGGCCCUGUUUGACACACAGAACGAACUACGUGCACACAUCCCGAACUUCACCUUCAACCUGGGCUACUCAGGGAAAUUCUUCCACACAGGUACCGAUGCUGAGGACGCUGGGGAUGAUCUGCUGCUGUCGUAUGUCAAGGAGUUCUGGUGGUUCCCUCACAUGUGGAGCCACAUGCAGCCCCACCUUUUCCACAACCAGUCCGUGUUGGCCGAGCAGAUGGCCUUGAACAAGAAGUUCGCUGUCGAGCAUGGCAUUCCCACAGACAUGGGGUAUGCAGUGGCGCCCCACCACUCGGGCGUGUACCCCGUGCACGUGCAGCUGUACGAGGCUUGGAAGCAGGUGUGGAGCAUCCGCGUGACCAGCACGGAGGAGUACCCCCAUCUGAAGCCAGCCCGCUACCGCCGUGGCUUCAUCCACAAUGGCAUCAUGGUUCUCCCGCGGCAGACCUGUGGCCUCUUCACACACACCAUCUUCUACAACGAGUACCCUGGCGGCUCCAGCGAGCUGGACAAGAUCAUCAACGGGGGCGAGCUCUUCCUCACUGUGCUCCUCAAUCCUAUCAGCAUCUUCAUGACGCACCUGUCCAACUAUGGGAAUGACCGCCUGGGCCUGUACACCUUCAAGCACCUGGUGCGCUUCCUGCACUCCUGGACCAACCUCCGGCUGCAGACGCUGCCCCCUGUGCAGUUGGCCCAGAAGUACUUCCAGAUCUUCUCUGAGGAGAAGGACCCACUCUGGCAGGACCCCUGCGAGGACAAACGUCACAAAGACAUCUGGUCCAAGGAGAAGACGUGUGACCGCUUCCCAAAGCUCCUCAUCAUUGGCCCCCAGAAAACAGGCACCACUGCCCUCUACCUGUUCCUGGGCAUGCAUCCUGACCUAAGCAGCAACUACCCCAGCUCUGAGACCUUUGAGGAGAUCCAGUUUUUUAAUGGCCACAACUAUCACAAAGGCAUCGACUGGUACAUGGAGUUCUUCCCCAUCCCCUCCAACACCACCUCUGACUUCUACUUUGAGAAAAGCGCCAACUACUUUGAUUCAGAAGUGGCACCCCGGCGGGCAGCAGCCCUCUUGCCCAAAGCCAAGGUCCUGACCAUCCUCAUCAACCCCGCGGACCGGGCCUAUUCCUGGUACCAGCACCAGCGAGCCCAUGACGACCCAGUGGCCCUAAAGUACACCUUCCAUGAGGUGAUUACGGCCGGCUCCGACGCAUCCUCGAAGCUGCGUGCCCUCCAGAACCGCUGCCUGGUCCCCGGCUGGUACGCCACCCACAUCGAGCGCUGGCUCAGUGCCUAUCACGCCAACCAGAUUCUGGUCUUGGAUGGAAAACUGCUACGAACAGAACCUGCCAAAGUGAUGGACAUGGUGCAGAAGUUCCUUGGGGUGACCAAUACCAUUGACUACCACAAAACCUUGGCGUUUGAUCCAAAGAAAGGAUUUUGGUGCCAACUGCUCGAAGGAGGAAAAACCAAGUGUCUGGGCAAAAGCAAGGGCCGGAAAUAUCCCGAGAUGGACUUGGAUUCCCGAGCCUUCCUGAAGGACUAUUACCGGGACCACAACAUCGAGCUCUCCAAGCUGCUGUACAAGAUGGGCCAGACACUUCCCACUUGGCUUCGAGAGGACCUCCAGAACACCAGGUAGCCGCGGCCACCACAGCCAGACUGAAAGUUUGUGACAGCCGGGACGUCCCGCCACGCGCUGAGCCAGACUGACCUGCAGAGUGGGAAGCUGGGCCCGGGCGGCCACGUACUUACGAGCAAUACUCUGUGGAGGCCUAGUGGGGCCGGGGGAGCACCCAGGUGGGUCUGCAAGCGCCUCGGAGCACCCACCGCUGGGUCUGUGGCCUACGGGACCUCCCUCGCCAGCAGAGGUCCAUUCCGUUCCCAGCCGCUCCUGGGGAGGUCGCUUCCUGGUAGGAGGGCGUCCACGAGGCUCUUUUCUGUCCCUCACUGUGUUCCGCCGACCGUCCCCUCUCGUCACCCAUCACUCCCUGCUUCCGCAGGGUGCCCCUCAGUAUUCGCUGCCAUAUGUCCCUGUCCUCCAGGCUGUAGGGGAGGAGAGCCUGGCGGGGGGAGACAGACUGGACAUUUCUCUUACUGUUUCGAGCCAGGCUCUUCCAAGUGGCCAGCUGGGUCCCCAGAGUCAGUCCUAGGCUGGAUGGGAGGGUGGCCACCUCGAGAGGACUCCCAGCCUCCACAUCUGGUUCCUACCUUCAUAUCUCACCCUCCCGUUCUGGGGAAAGAAUCUCUGGUUCCUACAGUAUCCACCCCAUCCUCAAGGCUUCCCAUGGGGCCUUGGGGCACUGCCUUGCCAUGGGGCCCAGUUCUCUGGGCCCCACCUGCACCCCUUUCUUCUCCCUGGGAUAUGACAUGUGUGGUGUUUCCUGUGGUAAAAGACUGAGGCAGGCCAGGGGUCUGCCAGUAACAUGUUCCCAUGUACAGAUGCGGUCCCCACACCCUCCCAGCCUCAGGCCCAGGCAGACGUGGAUGAGCUGGCGAGACUGCCGGCUGUGGCUUUGCUCGGCCACCUGUGGCCGAGGGCUCCCAGAGACCCCCUUAACCUCCCAUAUACUAAGAAGCUAAAGUAUUUUAAUAUUUUGGUUUUUUUUUUCUUGGUGCCAGAGUUUAUACCCUGGGUGCUGGGGUCGCACUGUGUUAUAUAUAUAUAUAAUGUGUAUAUAUAUAUAUUCUAUUUUUUUUGGUUGGGUUUGUUUUUAAUUCAGUCAUACAAAGUGGUGGUAAGCCCCAGUCUCAGGGGGCGUUCUGUCUUAGAGCUAGAAAUGAGGUGGCAGGGAGGGAGGCUGUGUCCUCAGUGGCCUGGGGCCUGAGGAGACAGUAGGAAGGGGCCCUCCCCAGUGCCAUGGCUGCUCUGGGGCUACCCCAGGUGAACAGAGGUUGUGAGAUGCGCAGGGAAGACCAGCUCUCUCCAGGACAUUGGGCUGCGUGAAGUCCGGUAACCCUGAGGGGAUUUUGGCCAAAGGAAACAGCCAGUGCUGGGCUAGGAGAGCUGGGGUCAAAAACUGGCCCACCCCCUCUCCCUCAAUGGUGCUAGGCUGGGAGCUGCCCUGAGAGCUGGAAUGCCCACCAGGGCCCACAGAACUGUCUCCAGGCCCCUUGUGGACAGUGGGAUCUCUGGGCUGAUUUCUGGUUGGGGUCUGCUCCUACCCCACCCCGUAUAACAAUGUGAAGUGACUGAGGCUGAGGUGCCUCUCCCUGGCCCCCUCUGACUGCCAAAUUCUGCUUCCCUCUGACCCCCAGGAAAUACUUUCUAGAGAGCCUUGUCUUAUUCAGAAGACUCUAGCAUCUUGGGGCUGGAAGGUCCUUUGACGGGUAUGAAACAGGUCCAGAAAGCGGAGGUGGCCUGCUUGGCCGAUGUCAUGGAGACAGCUGGGAGCAGGGCUGGGCAUUGAACCCAAGGCUCCCGGUUUCAAGUCCCGUUGUGCUCUUCCAAUGCCACACUGCCUCUGAGCCCAUCCUUGGGACCCUACUCUGUGCCAGGUUCCUGUCCCUUCCUCCGUCACACCAUGGUCAUUCCAGGAUAUGGGGACAAACCACUCCUUCCCAGCCAGGGUGCCUUUGAACCUUCUCAUUCCGAGGUCUGCGUUUGCAUCCCUGUCGUGUUCUCCCGCGAGGGGUCCUUCCCCAGCCUGUGGGGGCCUGGGUCUGUUCUGAGCUGAUUCCCUUUUCUCCAGUUCACUGCUGGGAUGAAGAAGUUGGACACUGAGUGGGACCAGCUGCAGGUGGUUUCAUGGUGUACAGAGCAGUGUCUCCAUCAUGCCUCUCAAUGGGGCCUGCAAGCCUGGGAACCUUGGGCAUUGUUGGGCCAGCAGGGAUGAGCAGCAAAGGGUCUGAGGACAGGGUGGCAUGUCUGCUUGUACACUCGUGAAGACUUGCCCAUGCCAUGGAGCCAGGGGCUCCUAGAGAGGGGCAGUGACUUCCAGAGUCCCAUCCGUCAGUGAGGGGACCGGGCUGCGGGAUGGGUGAGGAUCUUACAGCUCCCAGGUUCUGAAAUCUACCCUCUGGGCCUGGAGGCCUCUGUCACAGAGCCUGGAAGGCAGGAGAGGUGGGCUGGCCUGGGGCAGGAGCUCCACUUCUCUCUGCCUCUGGCUGUGGGAAGGAGCAGGCAGUUGGAAAUCCUGUGACAACAGAGAUCUUCUGGAUUUUUGCCUGGGCCCUUCUGCGAGCCUGGGGACUGGACCUGCCAUGUGUUCUAAGUCUGUCUGCCUGGGUCACUGCUGCCACCUCCCCUCCCACUAACAGACCUUUCUUGAAGACCCACUAGGCCCAGACACUGCCGGGACUUGCAGGUAUGGGGGAGUAGAAGGAGAGGCAGAUAAGCUGCCUGAGGGGCUGUCAGCUAAUGGGUACACGGACACCCCCUCCCGAGAAGAGAAAGCCACAGAUGAGUGGGGCAAGCGAGGCCAGUCUUCAGUGUCCACCAAUUCACUCUAAGCAUUUGGCCAAAAAAAGGGAGAGAGAAAUAGCUGAAAUUGUUCAGGUGGCUCCACCAUCUAUUCUGUGGUCCCCUCCGUGAGCCUUUGCCCCAGGGUGGGUGCAGGUGCGAGUGUCACCUGCAGUUGCCUGUCAUUCAGGGUUCCGGAGCCUCCUGUGGUAGAGCGUCCUGCUUCUUGGAGGAUGAGUCUGAAGUUUAAAAAUGGGCCUUUGCUGAGUCCCCCGAUGAGCAAUCAGUGCUUCUGGGCCCAGCUAAGGAAGCCAUCUGUUCCCAGCAAAGGAGUACUGCUGCGCUGACCUGCAGAGGCUGGUGGUCCCAACACAGAGCUGUGCCCACUGGCUUGUUAGUGGCAAGAGCAAGUACAAAAAUGUUUUACCAAACAUUUAAUUAUGAAUGCCCACUCCCCAGCAUCUAUAUCUAAAAUUAUUAACAUUUUGCCACAUUUGUUUUUCUCUGUCUGUGUACAUAUAUAUUUUCUCUGUCCUAAUUUAAAAGUACAUUGCAAACACCAUGAAACUUGAGGCCUGAAAGCUUCAGCCUGCAUCUCCUAAGCAUUAGGGCAUUCUCCUACACAUUGGCCCAGUAUCACAGCCCAGACAAGAAGUCUGCUAUCCAAUCUGUGUUCAAAUCCCCCUGGUUGUUUCCCAGGUAACUUAUGUCUGGUUGUAGAGUCAGCGUCCAGUCGCAGUGCAAACUGCAUUUUCUAACUAUGUUUCUAAAACCCCUUUGAAUGCUGAAAGGUCUUCCCUCAGCUCACUUUGAGGUUUUAAAUGAUGUUGUUUUUGAGGCCCUCGGCCUGCUGUCCUGUUGAAGCCCCAAAUUCUGAAUUUGUCAGCUGGUUUGCUCAUGGUGUCACAUAACCACUUCUUCUAUCCCCUGUACUUUCAAGGAUAAUUUAGGCUACAUGAGACUUUGCCUUUUGUGCUGGCUUGACAGCUUCACUUCUGCCUAAGGUGCGCCUCCACUGUCACCUGUACCAAGUGCCAAAACAGCAGAGGGGCAGUUAGAGCAAGAGCUCUGGGGAGGGCCCGGAAAGGCUCCCUGGAGAAGGCCGCAGUAUCUGGGCCUCGGAAGGAAGGACUCAGGGCUCUGGAAGGAGGAGGCUGCAUGCCUGAAGGCUGGGCCAUCGACCCUGGGGAUGGGCCGCAGGGCACCAAACACAUCAUAUGUCUCUCUCUUUCUGUUUUGGGGUCCCAGGGUUCUCAUUUCCUGGAGGCCCAUGGUCUGUGUGCACUGGAGCAGAGCCAGGCUCUGGGACGCAGCAGGGAAAAGCCUACCGGGGGAACUGCCUCCCACAAGCUGUGGUGUGAGAAGAGCCCUGGCUGGCAGCAGGAGCUGUGAAAUUUCAUCCCAGCGGGGUGCAUUUAGUGACUGCCUGACCAUCUUCCUCCCAGGCCCUCAAUUUCUUCAUCUGUAGAAUGAGCAGAUAGGGGCCACGGCAGGGGUUUUCACACAUCCAAGGAGGCAGCUCCGCUCUACUUGAUGUGAGGAUGAGGGGGGCCUAGACCCCCUGCUGCCCAGGCCCUUGAGGCAACACUGGGUUCCUGGCUUGACAGCUCUGGGCUGGCUGCCCUUGCCAGCUCAGACGGCCAGAGAGUUUUCAGCUCCCCCAGGGAACGGGCAUAGGGUUUGUGUGGGGUCAAUGCCAAGAACCUGGGGGAAACUGGCUGCAUUUUAUCCUAAGAAGUUCAUCCCUCCUACUCUUCUUCCUCUUUCUGGCCGUGGAGGAGAAUGAGGGAGGAGAGGCUUUUCUAUGACUGUGUUAGCUUUUAUUAUUAGCAAGAGGGCUCCUUUUGUAAUUUGUGCAUGAAAUUCAUGUCAUUUCCUGGGAGAGGAGAGGGCCAACUGGAGAGGGUGGGGGGCACAUUGGGGAAGCAGGCAGAGGUUUCCUUCCCUUGUAGGGGGGUGGGGAGAGUGGGGGAGAGGGGGUGCUACCCAGUUCGCCUGAUGAGGGCUCUCGAACCAGCCGUUUUGGGUUGUGUUAAAAGUGAGACCUUCCUCCAUUAAUGUACAAUCUCGAACUAACUGCUAAUAAAGUGGGGUUCUGUUUGUA